AUGACAGCCAACAUAUUUGCAAGAGCAGGAUUCACCCUCGCAAGAGCCUUACGCAGCGGAGCAAUGAGGUCGUCCGUCACGGGAACUACUGUACAUUCGACACAUUCAACAUCAACAACGACAAAGACGGCAUCAGUUACUGCCACUGCUUGUUCGCGCGGGUUCCACUCAACACUCCCCGGACGCAACAAGCCGUCGUCUGGCUGGGGCGACCUUAUCCCUCAACCUCAAAGGCCAUCUUCAGAUACCAAUAACCCCCUCAGCAAGAUCUUGACGCGGUCGUCACCACAAUACAAGCGGUUCGGACAGAACUCUGGUAGUGGCGGCAGUGGCCGUGGUAGAGGGAGGGUGCCUAUUUUUUAUGAUCGGCGGUACCAAGUCGUUGGAGGUGUUGUCACCGUCGGAGCUGGAGGAUAUUACGUAGCGCAUCUUGAAACGGUGCCGAUGACGGGGCGUACUCGGUUUAUGGAUGUAUCGCUGAAGCAGGAGGAGUCUAUGGCCAAGGAGGCCUAUAAGCAAGUCAUGCACCAGUAUCAAAACCAGAUCCUGCCUGACAACCACGCGUACACGCUUUACGUGAAACGCGUCGCUUCAAGGAUCAUCAAGGCUGCGGGCAUGGAAAAUCUGGAUUGGGAGUUUCAUGUGAUUAACAGUAACGAGAAGAACGCGUUUGUCUUACCAGGAGGAAAAGUCUUUGUCUUCACAGGGAUCCUCCCGAUUGCAGAGAACGAGAAUGGACUGGCGACGGUAUUGGGCCACGAGAUUGCCCAUCAAUUGGCCCGUCACUCUGCCGAAAAACUCUCCUUCACAAAGGUCGCCCUCUUCCUGGGUGUCAUGUUCUCGAUCAUCUUUGACCCCUCUUAUUCUGUCCAACGCAUCGUCAUGGAUCUCGGCAUGAUGCUCCCGUUCAGCAGAAAGUGCGAGACAGAGGCAGACAAGAUCGGACUGCAGCUGAUGGCACAGGCAUGUUUUGACCCACGAGAGAGCACACGGAUGUGGACACGCAUGUCCGAUACCGAGAGGGGUCUCUCGCUAGCGUUCUUGAACACCCAUCCCGCUAGCAAGAAUCGUAUUACGAAUUUGGAGAAAUGGAUGCCAGAGGCCAUGGACACGUGGCACAAAUCUGAUUGUGCGACCACCAAUGCCUAUGCUGAUAUGUUUAACAAGGCCAAGCUCGCCUACUGGUAA